AUGCAAGGGUCUUGUAGAAGGCAUUCAACAGUAGAGUAUUUGAGCAGCUUCAUUCAGAGUCAGAGGCGCUCUGCUUCUAUUAGCUUGGACAGAGUUUUGCAGAGACGCCGGAGCUCAGCCAUAGAGAUGCUUUCAUCUACAUCUCACCAAGUAAUGGUUGCUGUUUCAUCGGUCUACAUCGAAGAAGCUGAAACCAGCUUGUUAGCAGCAAAAAGCAGUAUGAGACGUCCAACAGCCAAGUAUACUAAAGUUGGAGAACGCCUGCGGCAUGUCAUUCCAGGCCAUAUGCAAUGCUCAAUGGCAUGUGGUGGUCGUGCAUGCAAGUACGAAAAUCCAUCCCGAUGGACUGAAGAGGAACAAGCUCUUAAAGGAUUAUAUUCUUCAUGGAUAACUGACAAUAUUUUGGCAAUGGCUCGUCCUUCUACAGAAAUUAUUGAAAAAUACAACAUUAUUGAACAAUUUCAAAGGCAUGGUAUAAAGACGGUAAUUAAUCUUCAGCGUCCUGGGGAGCAUGCACGCUGCGGUAAUCCACUGGAACCAGCAAGUGGUUUUACUUACCUACCAGAGGUAUUCAUGGAAGCUGGAAAUUACUUUUAUAAUUUUGGAUGGAAAGACUAUGGCGUGGCGUCUCUUACCACAAUUCUUGAUAUGGUCAAAGUUAUGGCUUUCGCCCUACAAGAAGGGAAAGUGGCUAUUCACUGUCAUGCUGGACUUGGAAGGACAGGUGUCCUAAUAGCUUGUUACCUAGUCUUUGCAACAAGAAUGAGUGCAGACCAAGCAAUACUGUUUGUUCGUGCUAAGAGGCCAAAUGCAAUUCAGACUCGUGGGCAGUUGUUGUGUGUGCGGGAAUUUUCCCAGUUCCUGAUUCCAUUACGAAAUGUAUUUUCCUGCUGUGAUCCAAGAGCCCACGCUGUUACAGUCUCUCAGUAUCUCAUUCGCCAGCGCCACCUGCUGCACGGAUAUGAAGCACGACAACUCAGACAUGUCCCAAAAAUAAUUCAUCUGACCUGCAAAUUAUUAUUAGACUUUGCAGAAAACAGGCAAUUGAUUGAAGAAGGUAAUAUAGAAAUCCCAGAUCUUACAGCCGAAAUUGAAAAAACAGUGUCACAAUUAGGGGUAGUGCAACUGGAUAAGGAAUUUGAUGGCCAAGGCUUUGAUAUGGGAGAUCAUUUUGAGCACACUGCGACUGAAUUUAUUCCCAAUGAUUCAGCCUUGAUUAGUGAGCAAGAAUUUGACCCUCUUUGGAAAAGGCGUAAUGCAGACUUCCUUCAGCCCUUGUCUCACUUGAAAAAACGUCUCAGCUACAGUGAAUCAGAUCUUCAUAGAGCUGAACUCUUUACAGAGCAAAGUGAAACACCUUUUACAGCACCCACACAGGUUGCUUUCUCCAGCAAGUUCCAUCAGCAAAGUUUGUCCCAGCUCAAUCUCAGACAGCCCAGUCCAAUGCCAGUGGACACAAAUCAGAUUAGCCCAACAGUUUUGAAAGUACCAGAGCUUUGUCUUAUUAAGCAAAGUCCAUCAUUUACUUUUAAAUCUAAUCAAUGGGAAUGUCAAAAAUCUUGUAAUGCAAAUGACCAAAAAGUGGAAUCUCCUCUUUUUGUAAGGAGAAAACUAUCAAAAGAAAUCCAUAGAACAUUUUCCUUAAGAUCAUCAACUACAGCUGCUGCGCUGAAAUAUUUGAUUUCUGAAGCACCUGAUACAGUUAUCACUUCUCAUGGCACUAUUAAUGCAGAAGAAUGUACUAGGACCAGUGCUGCCAGUAAACAGAAUGCCAGGCCUGCUAAGGAAAGUUUAUUCUCUUCUUCAGUUUGCAAACAAUCUACAGAUGAAGCUUCUUUAAAUCACAAAAAAAUAUUUGUGUUUGGGGAUGAGGAAAGAACAGCUAACUGGUCAGCUGAAGAUGUUCCAUGUAUCACUAUACAGUCAGAAUUGAGCAUUGAAGGAAGAAGGUUGGCAGCAGGAAAAGCCAUGGCGUUUUACAUGGAUUUUGAUGAAGAAAUCAUGGAUAAAGUUGAAAUGUGGCAACGGGAACUUAAUAUUAGAGAAGGAACUUGGGAGAGAAUUCGUACAGAAAAGAAUCCUUAUGUGCUGUGUAGUCUUAUGUGGUCCUGGCUGGAACAGUUGAAAGAACCAGUUAUAAGUAGGGAAGAUGUGGAAACUUUGGCACAUAAAUAUAUGGAUCCCAAUAAAGCAUUUUAUUCAUUAGAAAAGGGCCAAUAUCAGACACUGCUUUGCAUUCUUGAUUGUAUGGCACAAUUGCGUGAUCUACCGUUUGAUGUAGAAGAUGCUAUACUUACUCGGGCAAUUCGAGCUUUUACUAAGGUCAGUUUUGAUGCUGAUGAAGCUCCUAAGGUUUACAAUACACUCAAAACCAUAUUAAAGCCAAUCUUAGAAGACAAGCAAGCAAAACUUGCAGAUUUUGAUGUUUCGAAUAACUGUGCACAAAGUAUAGGUUUGUAGAUUCACUGAGCAAGAAUGUAAAACAUUCAGUUUUUCUGUUCCUGUUACCAUCCCCAAAACAUAGGGAGUACUUGAAAAACUAGAUUAUAGAGCAGGGCACUUUAAUUAGGCAGUAAAAUUUAAAAUUCAGUAGCACACACUUAAUUGUUGACAAUGCAUGCAUUACAAAAACAAGCUUUGUUUCAAAAGAACAAGAUGUACCAUUGAGAAAAAAAUCCUGCUCUAUAACUUGCUCAUCAAAUAUAUGAACUGGCCACCAGUAUUUAAUGAGGUCUAUUUGUUUAAAAUCUGUCAUGAUUUGA